CUUAUUUAAACCCCGGCGCCCAUUCCCAGUCAUCCACAUCAUCCUCGCCUGGCCUUCCACUGGGCUCCGGGUGGUUCUUGGCUCCGAGUCGAGGCUUUGUUCUGUGGGUUCGAGAUACCUGGUUGUGUAAGAUCAGCGGAAUGAACGCGUUAGCAGUCGUGACGACGUUAGUGGUGGGCCUCUCCCUCCAGCACGUGGCCCUCGGCUUCUUCGUAGAGAACAAAGUAAUGAUCUUUCUACCUGGAAGAUCAGUCAGGGAGGCUGGUAACGAGGAACCAGAAUCAAGCACCAGUAGCAGCGCUAACACACCACUGGGAAAUGAAUUGAAAUAUCUCUUCUACCUGCCGUAUGAAUCCACGGACAUCCUGGCCUACCGGUAUAACCUCGCGUUGGGCAACGACCUCGAGGCUGACCUGAAGGCAAGGCUUGGAGCGGCUCUCUCCAUACCCCGAGGAAUUCCUUUCUUCUUCUACGAUAAUAAACACGCACAGGCAGUUCAAGAACUUAUUGAUGUGUUCCUCGAAGCGAACGACCAUCCUGAACUCGCAGACAUCGCUCUCACUGUCCGAGACCACGUCAACGAAGCCCUGUACAUAUUCGCCCUCUAUAGCGCCGUCUAUGAAAUGGAGGUUGCAAGCCCUCCGGAUAUACCGUCGUUGGAGACUGUGCUGCCUGACCGGUUCAUCAACAACGAAGUCGUCAACGAAGCAAGGAGAUUAGUCAAGGCAGCUGUGCAUAAGCAGAAUAAGGACGUGGUCCACGUACGUUGGUACCACAACCAGACGGGCCUCAGCACAAGGAACACCGAGAACAGAGUGGCAUACUGGCGCGAGGACUUGUUCCUGAACACCUUCCACUGGCACUGGCACCUCUCCAACCCCUACCUCAGCAAGCCCGGCAAGAUCGACCGUCGGGGCGAGCUCUUCUACUACGCGCAUCACAACAUGGUGGCGAGAUUCAACAUGGAGCGCCUGAGUGUCGGCCUCAAGCCAGUGGAAACCUUUGAGGACUGGCGCCUUCCGUUGGAAAAUGGCUACUUCCCGCACCUCACAGCUGGCAAUGGCUUCAUAUGGGGGGACAGACAGGACGACACUCUCAUGCAGGACAUUAUUGGAAUCAAUAUCUCGGAUGCAAUAUACAUCUCAAAACUCGAGCUGCACCGAUCCCAUCUGCUCUACUCUAUCGAUGAAAGAUAUCUGAUUUGUGAAAACGGCUCUCAAAUUUACCUCACAGACGACCCGGCUCCUGGCACACCGUACGGCAUCAACCUCAUCGGCGAAGCACUUGAAGCCGGGGCGAGCGUGAACCCCGCCUACUACGGAAACAUCCAUAACAAUGGCCACAUGUUGUUUGGCGGUUCUAACGACCCUCUUAAGAAACACGGGGGGAACGUCGGAGUGAUGUCGGCCAUGGAAAUAUCCGCCAGAGAUUCGGUCUUCUACCGUUGGCACAAAUUCGUUGACGAUGUUUUCUUUCGGUACAAGAUGACGCAGCCUCCGUACACGCCAGACCAGCUGUCCGUGGAUGUGGAGGUGAUGGAAGUCGCGGUGCAGGAGGACAACGGCACUUUGAACGACCUCCAUACUUUUUUCACAGAGAACACUAUUGUCGCGUCACAUGGGAUGGACUUCCAUUUAGAUCCGGAGAGUAACAUUACUGUGCUGUAUACGUCAGAUUUCCUAAACCAUACGGACUUCACCUACAACAUCACGGUCAAUAACACGAAGAGUGGUACUAUGAAGCCCAAGGUGCGAAUUUUCCUGGCUCCGAAAUACGACGAGAACGGACUACCUCUAACCUAUGCUUCGCUACUACAAUACUGGUCGGAGAUGGACGUGUUCGAAGCAGACCCGAUUGACCCUGGCGUAUCCACCAUCACAAGGCGUUCCAGCGAUAGCAGUAUCUUAUCAGCCUACACAGGCAAUAAUGCCAAUUUCAGCUUCUCCGGCUGCAGCUUCCCGCGGCACCUCCUGCUGCCUCGUGGGAAGCCAGACGGCAUGACCUUCCGUCUCUUCGUGAUGGUCACUGACGCCGACCAGGACAGGGCCUUUGGAGGUGGCGAAGACGACCCUCCCAGUUUUUGCACUUUUUGCGGUAUUCCUGGCGCCCCUUACCCCGAUCGGUGGCCCAUGGGGUACCCUCUGGAGAGAAAGAGCCUGCACACCGAAAUAGACGACUUCGUUGACGCAUAUUCCAACAUGAUGGUAAUCGACGUCAACAUUUAUCAUCAGGAAGAGCCACAGGGCGAGGAGAACCCGGGACGCUGAGGUCUAUACAGGUGUCUUGGCUCGCGUGUCAGCUGUUGGUCCUGUGGGUAGGGUAGUGUUAUUUUCAUUGAUAUUGGUAAUAUUAUCAUGAUCAUCGUCAGAUACUCUUAUUAUCUCUAUUAUUGUCAUUACUCUCUCUCUCCCUCUCGUUCUCUCUUUCGCUCUCUCUCUCUCUCUCUCUCUCUCUCUCUCUCUCUCUCUCUCUCUCUCUCUCUCUCUCUCUCUCUCUCUCUCUCUCUGAAGAAGAAUAGGGUUUUGUGAGAAAGUCCACGUGACAACCAGGCUCUGAAACAUAUCCGCCAAUCACAGGACCUUUGACCAUUACGAGCCACAUAUUACGGGUUAAAUAAAACCUGGAGAGUGA